AUGCGCACGAUUCUCAUGCCCAUCGGCCCCCCGGGCGCGGGCAAGUCGACUCUCUGCAAUGGCCUUCAACAGUUCAUGCGAGCCGUCGCCCGGCCUUGCUCGGUCGGCAAUCUGGAUCCGGCGAACGAGAAUAUUCCCUACGAUGCCUCGUUCGAUGUGCGAGACCUCGUGGACGUAAAUGACGUGAUGGAGCGCGAGGAACUCGGCCCCAACGGUGGCGUGCUCUGGGCCAUGGAGGAAAUCGAAACCAAUGUCGAGUGGCUGGAGCAGAGCCUAGCACAGUGCGGUAUGGAUCUUACUAUCAUUCUCGAUACGCCUGGACAGCCAGAGCUUUCGACACAUCAUCCAUCUCUGCCAAAUAUUCUCCAUCGAUUGGAGCAGCAGGGCUAUCGCAUAGUUGUCAUCCAGUUGGUGGACUCUGUAGUCUUGACCCGGCCAUCUUUAUACCUCAGCUCUCUGCUUCUUUGCCUGCGCGCGCCGCUGCAUCUGCCAUAUCCCGUGGUCAACGUGCUAACGAAGAUGGACAACCUGAAAGCAGUUGGUGGUGCGGACUUGCCCUUCAAUCUGGACUUCUACACAGAGAUUCAAGACCUGCACCACCUGCUGCCCGCUCUCUCGAGAGAACAGACUGCAAGCGCUGGUGGGGCGUCUGGAAAGUGGGAUGCUCUGAACGAAGCUCUCAUCAGCUUAAUUGAAGACUACGGAUUGAUGGGCUUCGAGACUAUGGCUGUCGAGGACCGACAAAGCAUGGCCACACUGCUCCGCGCCAUUGAUCGCGCCAGCGGCUAUGUUUUUGCCGGGGCUCGCGGGACUGACGAGUCCGGCCGGACUCUGGACAACGAAGCGAGUAUAUGGGCCCAGGUAAUGAGCGAAAACUACGGCCGGAUGGAUGUGCGGGAUGUGCAGGAGCGGUGGAUCGAGCGAAAAGACGAGUAUGAUGAGCUUGAAAAGAAGCAGUGGGAAGAAGAGGCACGACUAGCAGGCGCUCUGCCUGAGCAACCGGCGGCGAGUGUGAAGCGACCGACGAAAGGCGACAGCAUCAGCACGGAUGGCAAUGACCCUGAAGACGACCUACUAGCCGAGCAGGAGAAGUGGCAGGAACAGCUAGCGGAAGCUCCAGCAGCUGUUCGCCACAGCAAGGUGAUCAGAAAAUCGACAUCCGAAUAGUCACCAAUGUCCAGGGCUUGCCGGUUGCAUACUGCACGGUGCCCAUUGCAGACAAUCGAGUCGCCAUUUUCUCUGCACAUGGCUUCAACCCAGCGGUCAACGAACCUGAAGCUGACCUCCAUUAGGUCACGGCCUUGGUCUGACCUAUUCACAAAGCAUAAGAUCCAGAUCUAUGGCGAGAAGUUCGGCCGGGAUGUUACUAGCACCCUCUUGGAUGGCGGAUGGCCAUGAGGUGUCAUGGAGCGCAGCAGAACUCCCCAACAUGGCGAAGCCACACACACACACACAUACACACACAGUGCCGUGACCACGAUUAACAAGGCGAUGAGCUGUCGCAGAAAGUUCUCGGCAAACUAUGAUUGAUUGGCUUAUGUCUCGACUUGUCUGCAGCUGAACACAGCCCCGAAAUUCGAUCCUACUGCUGAUAAGCUACCGGGAGUUCCGAUGAUCAGUAGCCAGAAGCGCCGACUUCUGACCCGCAAUGCAGCCAAAGGCGGCAUCACCGAAGAUUCUGUUAGAAUAGGACGUACGUUCAGGGGCCAUCGACGUGUUGUGGUUCUGAGCAUGUCGACCAAAGCUUUCUUCCUCAGCACUAGAAAGACUAUGAUGUGCGCAGGAACCAUAUCGCUGCCGUCCAUGCACAAUCAUCCAAACUGUAACAGGUCAGCGUUACUACAGUCUUCCGUCUCGACAACGUAUAGUGA